UGUUUCCAUUCCUUUGCAACAUUUGUUCCCAAUUUAAGAAACUGGAAAAAGCCUGUUCAACAAAGGUGCUUUUCAAGCCUCCCUAAAUUGUGUGAUGAAAUCUUUAUGACUCUCUCCAAUUAUUAUCUGCUCCAUGAAUUUGUUCAACACAAAAUGAAGCCAGAUUUCUUUUUGUUAUACUCUUGAAAACCCCUCUCAAUCCAUCCCAAAAUGAAGCCAGAUUUCUUCAAAAAUCUACCACCAGAAAUCAUCACCGAGAUCUUCUUAAGACUACCUGUUGUAAGCGUUCCAAUAAGCAAAUGUGUUUGCAAGCGAUGGCUCCAUCUGCUGGAGUCUGAUGAUUUUGUCAAGUCUCAUUUUGCCAGAUCCGCCCCCGCCCUCGUUGUUUUGGGGGAUUCAGGUCGGUUGAAAGUUUUGGAGUGGGAAGGCGAGCUCGAUCCACUCACCCAGUAUGAUUUCCCUUACCGCCCAAGAGAAAUAAACACUUCUGUUAAUGGUUUGCUUUUUCUAAGGCUAUAUCUUUUGCUUUGUGUAUGUAAUCCAAUCACUUGUGAAGUUAUUAAGCUGAAUCUGCCUUCAGAUCCACAAAAAUCUUUUUCAAAAGUAUCUGCUUUUGGAUUUGGGGCAAGCAAAAUCACUGGCAGAUACAAGGCGGUCUGUUUUAAAUACAAUGACUAUGAUGAUAAAUUGGAUUGUCAUGUAUACACUCUUGGAACAGGAUCUUGGCGACGCCUUGAAGGUAUUAAUCCGUAUGUGUACCAGUAUGAUAAAGGUGCAUUUGUUAAUGGAAAUCUCCAUUGGACAGCAUCCAUUGGAGAAGAUUCGUCAUGGAUUUCUUGCUUUGAUGUUGAAACAGAAUGUUUUAGCUUCUUUAAAGCUCCUCCUUAUCAUGCUCAGGGAUUGCCCUUCACAAGAGGAAGGUCCUUGUGUGCUUUGAGCGGUUGCCUAUGGUUUUGCGAGGAGGCAUUCGAAUAUGAAAAUGAUGGUGGGCGAUGUGAGCUUACUAUAUGGAUUAUGAAGGAAUAUGGAGUGGGUGAAUCGUGGAGCUUGGCAUAUGUGAUCCCUCUCGUUGAUAAUGACACGUUUCUUGUUGAUCCCAUCAAAGUUUCCGACAAUGGCGACCUAUUGAUUUUACUGGAGGGAAGGCCUCUGACAGUGUCGACUGUGGGAUUUUCACUCCCACCCUUGUUUCACUCAAAACUUUAGGUUUAGGUGUGGAGAAUGUAAUCUCAUUCUGAUUGUUUGCAUUUUCAUAAUGCUGCCAUCAACUAAAUGUAUGUUUGAAGAUUGAAUUAGUAAUGUAGCAUAUCAUUUAGAUCAA